AAUCUAUAAAGAUUUCAACUGACGUCCAGAACGCCACAGAAGCAUUUAUUGGGGCGAUGAAGCUGUGCAACAUAUGAGUUCGUUUCGAUGGCUGUAUUCCUGUGGCAAGACGUGGUUAUCUCUUGAUGAAAUAGCACAAUGCCAAAUUGAAAAACUAUGGAACUGCGAUCAAGCUAAUUGGAUCAUUUGUAAUUCAUUUCCUGAUCCUGUGUUUGUAGACACCUUUCAGAUGAUCCUUGUUCAUAAUGGACGCUCGUAUACAAUUGCUCGGUCAAAUAAUCAUUCUAUCGCUUCAUAAAGGAAUGGAAUAUUUGUUCCUGAAAAAAGAAAAUAGAUACAACAUAAAAUUACCUGCCAUCUUCAUCUGUGUAUGACAAUACUCGCCUAAAUGUAACUUGUGCUGCGCAUAAACCAUAUCUUUAUCUAAAAAGGGGGAUGUUCCUUGUUUGAUGUAUAUAUAUAUCUCAAAGGUAAUAACACCUCUUUAUUCUACUUAAUAAAACAAGACUUUAAAAUAUACAAGAUAAUGAAGCUAGUAUAUACACAUUGAACAUAUAAAAGCAACCAUGACCCUUAGCAUUUCAAUCAUCUCGAAGAAAAUGCUGAACCAUUAAUGUUUAAACACUGUAGGCUGCAUGAAAGUUAUCGUGACUUACUAUGAACUUGACUUCAACGUCACGCCUUAAAUUUUUACCAGCAGCCUUCUGCUUUUGAAUUUGACAGAUUUAUAAAAAUAUUUGUUACGCA